AACGUAUAAUUGGCGCUCGCGAUCGAAUAGUUUGGGGAAUCUAUUCCAAGUUUUCGGAACGGAUCAACUUUCGCAUACAGACAAAUAUUGACCUUGUAAGUUCGAAAGGUCCACCUCUGAACGAAGACACUUUCUGAAAGUACUCCAAGACUUAAACAUACUCCUAAGGAUAUAGAUUGUAUACAAAAUAUAUUCAAGGUAAAUAACAGAACAUAACGACAUCAUGUAUGCUGAAACGAAAAGGCGGACUUACUUCCAGAUGGGGAUAUUUCUCGUUGGGAUCGGGUUUUUACUGUCCCUAAUCGGGGUUUAUUACGUCAAUGGGCUGAGCUACGUUGGAUCAACAGUGUACGGUCUUGCAACGCAGAGGGCGGCAACACUUUGGGGAGGAAUCUUGCUUGUCUGUCUUGCCCUGAGGAACGUCACACUUGGUCAUCCUAACAACAGAUUCGCAACAGAUUCCAUGUGGGAUACAUUUUCAGCGAUCUUCACCAAUCUGUUGGCAUUCCUCAUCUCCGGUGCUGUAGUAGGAGUCACUCUUUGGGCUCACAUUGACUUUCUGAGGAAUGUAGAUAUCUCAACACUUGAGGGCAGCACAGAGCUCGUAAAUCUGAUCGCUAUUCUCUUGCUUGGCACACUUGGCAUGCUGACGACUAUUGUCGGCUGCAUAGUAGCUUGUUUCCCCAUCUCAGACGGACAGGCACCCCCAGCCGGUGAACAAUACGCAAUGGACAACCAGGGGUUUAACAAACACUAAAGAAACAACAACAUCCACAUGUUACUUAGAGCUGGGCGUAAACGCACACACACGAAAAAAAAUCUUCAAACUUUUCUGCUAACUGAUCCACCGGGCGCCUGAACUUCAAUUUGAAACUACGCCCUCUCUCGGCCGAGCAUGCAAUAAAAUACAACAACCAACGUGGUACCGUCAAUGCACCGCGAUUUGGCAUGCAACUGCCCGUGAAACUCAUUCAAUUUACCCCGGGCAAUUAACGCUGUAGUUGUGAGCAUAGAUGAUGCAACUAGCGAGAGACUGUUAUAACAAUAAAAACAACAACAGCAACUAUUAUGGUGUAUAUUUAUAAAAAAUUAUGCUUUCUUAUAGAUAAACCUGGGUUAAAGAUAUGAAAUGAAGAUUAAAAGAUGAUUAUGUAAACACUUCUCUCUAAAUUCCUUACAUUGCGAUCAGGGACCAAUUCAAAGUUUGUUUUUUCUUUUUUUUCUUUUACAUCCAAAUCUGGAUGGAAGAUUUCAUUCUAAUCACAGAUUUAUAAUUCAUUCUUAUUCGAUUGAAACUUUAAAUCCAAGUUUGGAUUGGUUUCUGACCACAAUCUAUCAGAUUGACUCUCACUCUACGGAAUUUAGAGAGUUUUGAUUAAUAACAAUUCCACUUGUCUGUAUAACAUAACUGCGCUGCGGUGUUUUAAUCUAUUGAGUGCGGUUUAUUAUUGAAAUGUGCAUCAAUAAUUUUGAUAUCAUUUUUUGAAAGAUAUUGCCAUUGCAAAUAUCAAUUUAAUAAGAUUAUUGACAUAUAUAGUUUUAGUGUGUUUCAUUAUUUAUCACCAUUAACCCUAUUUUGGUAUGUCUAUUUCUUUAUUUUGAAAAUUAGAUGUUUUUUAGACUUUUUGUGAAUAGUUUGAUUUUUUUUGUUUUAUGAACAUGGCUAAAGACACAAUCACAACAUAAUUUCAUUUUGAAUGGAAUAUCAUUGGUUUGUUCACUGUAAAAAUGUUGAUUAAAAUCAUAAGCACAUUGUUUAAACCCAUCACUCUAAUAACUACCGUUUAACCUUUCAAACAACCGUUUAAACUUUUUAAACAACUGUUUGAACUUUUAAAAAACUGUUUAAACCUUUUAAACAAAUGUUUAAUCUUUUUAAACAGCUGUUUAAAGUUUUUAAACAAGUUAUUUAAGCUUUUUAACCAACUGUUUAAACUGUUUUAACUUGUUGUUAGAGUGACAGGCUUAAACAACGUGCCAUUUUUUUUUUACUGUAUUUUGAGUUGGUUCAGCUGAGCACUGUGGCUGCUGCAUGUAUUCUUUAUGGGUAUAAUCUGUGUGUAGAAUAGAAGUUAAUAAGGGGGUUAUCAGCCUGGGGCGUAAUCGUUUCCUUUAUUUAAUUGUUUUUAAAAAUAAAAAAUUGUAGCUAAUAUACAAACCGCAAUCAUGAAAUUCGUACUGCAACCAGGCUGCAACCUAAUACAUAUAAUACCGAAUCGAAUAAUAGUAAAUAGAAGGAAAUUUAAAUAAUAAAAAUGAAACUCAAUUUCAUUAUUCAUCGGAUGAACGAAAUUAUUAUUUUUUAUUGAACUUCUCAAUACUUCUGAAAUAUAUAGGUUUAUGUUUGAAGUAUGAAAAUCUUUGGUAUUUUAGCACUCUUUUUAUACUGUCAUUUUUCUUUUAGGCUUAUUUCAGUUACAUUAUGAUGUUUGCAAUGUUUUACCUGUACAAUAUGUCUGUAUAUUUUAUUCACAGGUUCAUACCAUUUAGAAUUCAAUCGAGAAUUAAUUUCUUGAUAACAUAAGAAAAUGAAUAAGUAACAAGAAUCGUCGUCACGUGCACAACUCUGCGCAGUUUGAGAUUUGCUCCAAAAAAGCUGUGUAAAUAUUUUAACUCUAAAGACUAUCAUUUUGAUUAAUUCAUAUACAACAAGUCGAUUUAAUGAGUAAAUAUUCAAUAUAAAGCAAAAAAAACGUAAUUGUAUAGACAAUUUAAAUAUUGUAUUGGUGUAGCACGUUGGUUUGAUUUGAGAGAAUGUACAUUUUCUUAUAUAUUUUUGUAACAAAUUUCUUAUUUUGUUGGAAAAUAUCAUGUAUAUAUUACUCUUGUGGUUUUAUAGACCACACAGCAAUAACUGUGGUGUUAACCGGUGUACAUAGAGGACCACACCAGUUAUUUUACACCGGUGUUAAAUUGGUGGUGUUAGUUUUACACCUAUAAGUGUUAUUACAACACAUUUAGUUGUUACAUUUACACUCUUUGCAGUUAUGUUUAAUCUCUAGGGUGUAAUUUUAACACCUCAGGGUGUGGUCCUCUAUUAAUACCAAUUGGUGUCAGUUUUAACACCGCAGUUUUUACAGUGUAUGUUUCAUCGUUUUCACAACAAAGAGAACAGCACAAUAAAUUAAUGUCUAGUGGCUGAUAUUUUUUAACAAAUAUUUUGGCAUUAAAUAAUUUUUAAAGGAAUGUUAAUUUGAUGAGAUACAUGGUCAGGCAUGUGGCAUUGGAGAUUUUCUCCAAAGAAUUGAUUUGAUGAUAUCAAACAAAAUUCUAAAUAAUAUAUAUUUAUUGUAAACUUCUUGUAUAUAUUUAUAUAUACAAUAGAGCAAUUUCAGAAAUUCGGAUUUAUUAUUCUUCAUUGCAUUUUCAUAAGCCAAUUGACUAUAAUUUAUACACUCUUAAUUUUACGAAGUCAAAUUCAACUCGGAAUGACGCUAGCUGGGAGUCGACUCUUUCCAGUUAAAGUGACUAAGAUUCCUUAUGAAUUUGACCCAAAAGAAUGUGGCAUCAGCUGAAAAAUCACUCAAUGCCGAGUCAAAGUAACUGAGAAACUACUUACUUUGACUCGAAAGAGGUUUAACUCCUUGCUGGCGAAAUUCCGAGUCAAAUUUGACUCCUCGGAAAUUGAUGGUUGUAUCAAAGACCAUAACUUGAAUGAGGAAUUUGAAAUCAGACUUAUAUUGUGUGAAACAUGCAUUGAUUACAUAAAAUACAUUUGUACUUGCUUAAACAAUAAUUGUUCAAUACCCAUCAAAGCUAACCAAAACUUACUGAUUGCAAAUUGUUUUGUCAUGGGUUUUGGCAACGAUAUCUGCUAAUAAAUUUUCGAUCUUCGACCUGUGA